AAGACAGCCCAGGCACAGGUUUCACUCCUCAACUUCAACGAUAACCACAUCUGUAUCUGCAAACUCACUCAGUAACAAGCAUGGAAAGAGACAUGAACGUGAGCAGUACUAGCAGUGUGGUGCACUGGCUAGCCAGCCUGACCCUAACCCUGCUUGGGAGUGUCCACCCCAUGCCUGUGACCAUAGACCCGGUGUGCACGGCAGACACCACUGCCAAGUACAGCCUGACAUUUACAGGGAUGUGGAGCCAAACCUCCUUCCCUAAGCAGUACCCAAUCUACCGCCCCCCUGCCCAGUGGUCCCCUCUCAUUGGGGUGACCCACAGUUCAGACUAUCAUAUCUGGCAGCGGAAUGAGUUUGCAAGCAACGGGGUGAGGGAGUUCUCUGAGAAGGGCGAGGCCUGGACUCUGAUGAAGGAGGUGGAGGCGGCUGGGGAACGCAUCCAGAGUGUCUACGGGCUGUUCUCUGCUCCAGCCUUGGUUGGGGGAACGGGACAGAUGACCUCAGAGUUCGAGGUCUUUGCAAGGCACUCUUUCCUAUCCUUCAUAGUGCGGAUAGUUCCCAGCCCAGACUGGUUCCUGGGAGUGGACAGCUUUGACCUGUGUGAGGGAGACCAGUGGAAGGAAAGCGUCACACUGGAGCUGUACCCCUACGAUGCAGGCACUGACAGUGGCUUCACCUUCUCCUCUCCAAACUUUGAGACCAUUCCUCAGGACAAAGUCACACAGAUAACGUCAUCUUCUCCAAGCCAUCCUGCCAACUCUUUCUAUUAUCCCCGUCUGAAGAAUCUGCCACCCAUGGGCAAGGUCACCCUCACAAAGACCAAGAACAACCAGAUCUUCAGCAUACCCAUGGAGCCCAUCCAGUUCAACCAGACUGGCAAUGAGAUUGGCAAUGAGAUUGAGGACUCUCUCAUAAAUUCCACCCCUCUGGACUGUGAGGUGUCUGCAUGGUCACCCUGGGGCCUGUGCAAAGGCAAAUGCGGAGACUCAGGCGUGCGCCACAGAACUCGCUACAUCCACCUACAACCAGCAAAUAAUGGGGUAGUCUGCCCCCCACUGGAAGAGGAGAACAAAUGCAUCCCUGAUAACUGCUUAUGACUGGCCGGCAAGGGUACGAAACAGAAAAGAAGAUGCUAUGCAAGACGACAAAGAGUACGAAAGAUGCGUCCGUCAUCUCCACUGGAGAAGCCCAAGCUGUAGAAAUUGACCCUUUUCUCGCUGGGCUUCCUAGCCUAUUCACUGGGAACAGUGGAGGCUGGUGAGGAAAGGAGGGUUCAAAGUAAUGGCUGGAAUGGAAUAGAUGGAACAGUAUCUAACCAUUAGAAAAAAAGUGUAAUAUCAUUCCAUUCUAUGAGCCCGUCCUUCAAUUUAAAGUGGCACCAGCCACCACUGACUAGGAAAGAUUUAUAAAUGGGUCACAGACAUGCAAUUAUUGUGAAGCCUGAGGAGUGAAGAGGUUGUCUAGAAACUCUGCCCUUAGUUCUUGUGAUUAAUGUUUCCCUACAUCAUUGGGUUUUCUGAGGUAGCUAGCUAUGAGUCUGAAAAAUCAUUCUUAAAUUCAAAUCUGGACCUGGAAGCCAGUUCCACUGCUUUUUUUCUUCAUUUUCAUUCUUCCCCUCUAAUCCAGGACUGAUUUAGACCUGUGACACCAGGUGGGGCCAACUAAUUAUCAGGUAGAACAGAAAACCAGCAAUACUUCAGACCUUGCAGGGUAAGAUUUGAAUACCCGUUACAGACGAUCAGCAGUGUUGGAAAAAGUACCCAAUCAUCAUACUUGAGUAAAAGUAUAGAAAGUUACUUAAGUAAAAGUGAAAGUCACCCAGUAAAAUUUUACUUGAGUAAAAGUCUAAAAGUAUUUGGUUUUAAAUAUACUUAAGUAUCAAAAGUAAAUUUAAUUGCUAAAAUAUAAUUAAGUAUCAAAAGUAUAAAUCAAUUCAAAUUCCUUAUAUUAAGCAAAGUGGACUGCACCAUGUUCUUGUUUUUAGCCAUGGGCACACUCCAACACUCAGACAUUAUUUACAAAAGAUGCAUUUGUGUUUAGUGAGUCCGCCAGAACAAAGGCAGUAGGGAUGACCACGUGUUCUCUUGAUAAGUGUGUGAAUUUUACAAUUUUCCUGUUCUGCUAAGCAUUCAAAAUGUAAGGAGUACUUUGGGUUGUCAGGGAAAAUGUAUGGAAUAAAAAGUACAAUAUUUUCUUUAGGAAUGUAGUGAAGUAAAAGUAAAAGUUGUCAAAAAUAUAAAUAGUUAAAGUACAGACACCCCCAAAAAACUACAGCAAUUUCUACAACAAUUUCUCCAGUACUUUAAUAGACCAGAUGUGUGUUUACAGAUAAAGCACUCUUUUCCAUGAUGAUCUCUACUACAGAGAAUAUAUUUAUUUACAGGGUUUGGACCUGUACUGUACAGUAUCAAGCAGCAGAAAUCUCACACUCGAUCGUGCUAUUGAGAUAUUGUCAAAAUCAGAGAGAAAUUGCAAAAUGCGUACUUUUCUGAGAAAAUGUACCUCCUUGUAAAAAACAGUACACCAAAUUUUGUUGAUGUUUGUCUGUCUGUAUGUAUGUUCUUUGUAAGUCCAAUAAACUGUAAAUACAUGUAA